AAAGAGAAACGAAGGAGAGGUGGGCGAGCUUACCGUCGGACGGAUGUGCAAUUAGCCAUGACUGGUUCCUCGUCGUUAGUUUCCCAGAGCGUUCUGAUGGCGUUGACUGCCACAGUCAACAAAUUUACCUCAUCAAACGUCCACGCACUUCCCAGACCACAGCACAAGAAAGAUACCUCCUCUUCUUCUUCUUCUUCUUCUUCUUCAUCGUCUGGCGCAGCUGCUGCUAUUCCAUUUCAAGGAAGAAGAAGCGUCCUCUUAUCCGCCAUUAUUGGGGCUUACCCCAUUGCUACCGACUCCGGAACUGAGCUUCUCAACAAAUAUUUGAAGAAGUCGGAGGAAAACAAGGCCAAAAAUGACAAGGAGAGAUUGGAUAGCUAUUACAAGAGGAACUACAAGGAUUACUUCGAUUACGUGGAAGGUUCUGUGCGAGGUAAAAAGGAGGAGGAGCUUUCCGAUUCCGAGAAAAGAAUUCUUGAGUGGCUCAAGUCCAACAAGUAGAGAAUUCUUGUGUGUUCUACCAAAAAAAAAAGAGAAUUCUUGUGUGUAG